AAAAGCUUUGGCAUGUUUGGUAAACGCCUGUCUUGGAGGUAAUAUUGCAAUAGUUGGUGGAUGACCAACAUUAGUGAAGGCAUAACAGCCUACUGUAGCAUAGUGCUGAUUCAUAAAACGUCAAGUUGGCUGUUCGAAGGUGGGCUCAUGAAAUGUGAACUAUUGUGAUGUAAUGUAAAGUGAUUUUAUUUUAUUUUAUUUAUUUAUUCUGCGGCAUCUGUAAUCUGUUUUGUUUUCUUUCACAGAUUUGGUGAACCUUACCUUAACCGCAUGCAUUUCACUGAAUGGGAAAGAGAUGAAAGACACACUAGUCCUUUACCUCGUACUGGCCUCUUUGCAAUUCUGUGCAUCUGAUGUCAACAACACAUUUGAUGCAGCACUCCAUGACAGUGUCAUUUUGGUCUGGAAAUUUCGAUUUAACUUGGACCCUGAAAGGAAUUUGGUUGUGCACAUCCAGAAAAGUGAAGAAUCUUCAGUGGACAUUAUUCAUUCAGAUCAAAAAGGACUAAAAGUGUUCCCAAACUUCAUUGGAAGAGUUGAACUACUGCAAAACUCUUUCCCGGAUAACGUUGUUGCUCUCAAGAUGGACAACGUCAGCAUCCCAGACACAGGAGCAUACAAGUGUUUUGCAUCGAUGUCUCGCAAAAGAUCAGAUCCUCUCUACAUAGAUCAGAGACUGUGUCAUUUAAAAGUUCAAGCCCCAUGGAGCCCAGUCCAUAAAAGCAAUGUCUCCAUCGGCAGUGGGGUACACACCCUUCGUUGUGAAGCUGAAGGUUAUCCCUUAGGUCACGUCACCUGGACAGAUGGACAUGGCAAGAAGUUAACUGCCCAGGCCAAGCUCAUAACCAGCAUUACCUCAGAGCAGCUUAUUCACAUCGACAGCCAGUUGAAUGUCACCAUCUCCACCAGCAGCAACUACACCUGCACUGUCAUGGAUGACAGAGGAGUCUCUCAGGCUGCCACCUUUGUGUUUCCUGAGGAGGACAAGUCGAGGCCCGGCUAUGUCUUGACUCUGGCUGUACUGGGUGGAGUGGUGAUGGUGAUGGUGGUGGGACUCCUCUGCCUGCAGCUAAGAGCAAGAAGGGCAAGAAGAGCAAGCAGGACGUGCAUACAGCGCUAAGGGAGUAGGAGAAUGUUCGGAAAGUGGACCCCCUAGCUCUGAUGCUGAUUGACCAGUUAGAGUUAGCAUAAAAAUGAACUGGGGUCAUAGGAAUGCUAUUCUAACAGGUCACUGUCACAGUCGUUGUCACUUUAACUGCCACAGUGACCCCAAAAUGAACUGGUCAUCCAGAGACACUGUGACCUCAAAUAGCUUUACAUCUAAAGCGUUAUAUACCUAAAUGUCUAAAUUAGACAUUGCGCUGUCGCUUUGGAAUUUCUAUUCAUGCACUUUAUUUUGUGCUUUGAGAACAAAAUGUCUUUGAUCAUGUACAAAAUGAUGGAUGCUUUCUACAGUUGCCUCAUUCCAUUUCAUUUGUUUGAUUCCACAAAUGAAGAUGUUGAGGUGCCGGCGGCCCAUUAGUGGGCAGCACAGUGUCCCCUAGUGGACUGCAAAAUGUUUUUACAAGAAGCAAUUUUCUUUUGUUGCAAAUACUGGUUACUGCAAGCAAUCUUGUUCAUGAACAAAUAUGUUGACUGUAUUUAUUUUACUCAAAGUUGCUCCCAGCAGCGUUGUAAAUAGGUUGUUAGAGAAAACCUUUAAUGUGAUUUGGCGGUAAGAGAAAAUGCUAAUGAACACACGCUCUGGCUUCUGCUGGAGACCAGGUCCUUCCUGUAUAUUUAUCUUAUGACUGGGAUAUAUCUGUAUUAGGUAAUUGCUAAUUUAAUGCAUUUUUUAAAUAUAUAUUGGUCUUUCAUGAAUUGAACCCCAUUGUCUCUGCCUUAACA